UACCAGUGUUCGAGAUUGGGAACUUUGGAGGCCUUGAGUUUGGGGCCGAAUCUGUAAGCCCCCCACCAGGUGCGGGGGGGGGGGGGGGGGGGGGAAAAACUAGGUCAGCAUGCGGGACCGGACCCACGAACUGAGACAGGGAGAUGACAGCUCUGAUGAUGAGGGGAAAGAGCGAGUGGCCCUGGUUGUGCAUCCGGGCACCGCCAAAUUGGGGAACCCCGACGAGGAAUUCUUCCAAAAGGUCCGGGGCAUCCGACAAACCAUGGCGAGAUUGGAGAACAAAGUUAAGGAAUUGGAGAAGCAACAGAUCACCAUCCUCGCCACCCCUCUUCCUGAGGAGAGCAUGAAGCAAGACCUCCAGAACUUGAGAGAAGAGAUAAAGCAGUUGGGGAAGGAGAUCCGGACUCAGCUGAAGACCAUUGAUCCCCAGAAGGAGGAAGCAGAUGAAAACUGUAAUUCUGUCAACAUAAGGAUGAGAAAGACCCAGCAUGGAAUCUUAUCGCAACAAUUUGUUGACCUCAUCAACAAGUGUAAUACUAUGCAGUCGGAAUAUCGGGAAAAGAAUGUAGAACGGAUUCAGAGGCAGCUAAAGAUCACCAAUGCUGGAAUGGUGUCAGAUGAAGAGCUGGAACAGAUGCUGGAAAGUGGACAAAGUGAAGUGUUUGUGUCCAAUAUUCUGAAGGACACACAAAUGACAAGACAAGCAUUGAAUGAAAUCUCUACUCGACAUGGGGAAAUCCAACAGCUUGAAAGAAGCAUUAAGGAACUCCAUGAAAUCUUCACCUUCCUGGCCACUGAAGUGGAGAUGCAGGGAGAGAUGAUUGAUAGGAUUGAGAAAAACAUUCUCAGUUCAGCAGACUUUGUGGAGCGAGGUCAGGAACACGUCAAGUCUGCACUGGAGAGUCAGAAGAAAGCCAGAAAGAAAAAGGUUGCCAUCGCUAUUUGUGUGACCAUUGCUGUCCUCAUCCUUGCUUUAAUCAUUGGUCUCAGUGUAGGGACCUAAUAGCAACCUUCAUCAGCUGAGGUGAGGGGGGAGACUGGCUUUUGGGGGCACAUGGAACCUAGGAAGGAGGUCUUCAGCACUGCCUCCUCCUUACACCUCCAAGAGCAGUUAGGAGGCCCAGCUGGCAAAGAAGGCAGAUGUUUUACCUUGGAUGGGAAGGAGUGGGAGGAAGAUGGUGGCACCUAGAGCCCCUUUUAUCCCUUGUUCUACCCUCCAAAGACUUCCUGCCCUCUAUAGCCUCAUUUUAUUUCCCUCUUCCAUUCCCCUGAGCUUCACUCCCCCAUCCCUAGAAUCCUAUUCCAGACCUUCCUACCCAAUCUCCCAACCCUCAGGUGACUACUAGGUGGUUAAAUGGGAUGGAGAAGCCUUAAGGUGAGGACAGGAGAAGAGCUUAACCCUCUCUGGGCCUUUGCUCCAGCUUAAGUGGGUUUCUAGGUCCUGGGGCCAUCUAGGACAAAUUUUUAUAAGAAAUAAAGUUAAAACAAGUGUA